UGAUAGAAGUUAGCAGUCGACAACUCCGGAAAGAGCGCGAAGUUGCGAAUAUUCUCCUGUUGUGAUUUGCGUCGACAACUUGGGAAAGAGUGCGAAGCUGCGAAUAUUCGCCUUGUGAUUUCCGGUAAAUCUUCGCUAAUACUCCAGAGGCAUCUGUAUCUGCUGUUAUGGAAAGGGAAACAACAGUUUCUGUGAAACUGGAGGCAAAAGAUGAGGUGCUUAUGGUACCAAGGACAAUGGUAUUGAGGUCCACUGCCAUGGAAAGCAGAGGAACGGUUUCUGUGAAAUGUGAACCAACAGAUGAGAUACUUACGGUACCACGGGCUUUGGUUAAUGGGCACUACGAACCAGCAUGUCACCUGUGUGGUUGUGCGGAACGUGACAUAGAAGAGGCUCUCAGGCUGGGAAAGGAAGCCAGUGACAUCAGUGCUGAUGUACUGCUGGCCAACAUGCACAUCAAGAAAGAACAAGAGGACAUCAGUGAUCAAAAGGUCAUUGCAGAUCUGCUGGCGGUGCAUAAAUUAUGUGAUCGUGCUGAAGGAGAAGGAGAACAGCAGCAGCAGCAGCAGCAACAACAACAACAACAACAACAACAACAACAAGUUGAAGGUGAUGGAUUGAUAGCGUGUAGAUUCUGCGAUCGUACCAAAGAAGAAGAACGAGAAAUGAUUGCUGGAUUGCUAGCAGAAGCUGACAGUAUCGGUGCUGACGUAUUGCUGUCUGACACGCAGAUCAAGAGGGAGCCACAGGACAUAAAGGAUCCAAAGGUUACUGAAGAUUUACUGGGUUUUUGCAAAUUUUGUGACAUUGAAGACAAAGAACUGGCACUUGCAUUACAACCAGAAUGCAGUAAUGUGGAGGAAACGACAAGGCAACUUUCUGACAACAAUAGGUAAGCUGGGAGUUGUAGAAUAUGUGUAGUAACAUCUUGC